CUCUUCUCCCUGCCCCUGUCUCUGUCACUCACAGGGGCCGGCCAGGCUGGAGCAGCCAUGGUAGCAGCACUAAUCUGGAUUCCUCUCCUUGUGGGUCUCCUGGCAGGACUGGGGGGCACCGAGGCCCAGCAGACCACACUUCACCCRCUGGUGGGUCGUGUCUUUGUGCACACACUGGAUCACGCCACCUUCCUUCGUCUUCCGGAGCACAUYGCUGUCCCGCCCACCGUCCGCAUCACCUACCACGCCCACCUGCAGGGACACCCAGAUCUGCCCCGCUGGCUCCGCUACACCCAGCGCAGCCCCUACAACCCUGGCUUCCUCUAUGGUACCGCCACCCCAGAAGAUCGUGGGCGCCAGGUCAUCGAGGUCACAGCCUACAACCGGGACAGCUUUGAUACCACUCGUCAGAGCCUGGUGCUGCUGAUUGGGGACCCGGAAGGCCCCCGGCUGCCUUACCAAGCUGAGUUCCUGGUGCGCAACCAUGACGUGGAGGAGGUGCUGCCCUCGACGCCUGCCCACCGCUUCCUCACGGCCUUGGCGGGGCUCUGGGAGCCCGGGGAGCUGCAGCUGCUCAACAUCACUUCUGCCUUAGACCGUGGGGGCCGUGUCCCUCUUCCCAUUGAGGGCCGGAAGGAAGGGGUGUAUAUCAAGGUGGGCUCUGCCUCACCCUUUUCUACCUGCCUGAAGAUGGUUGCCUCCCCUGACAGCCACGCCCGCUGUGCCCAGGGCCAGCCUCCACUUCUCUCCUGCUACGACAACCUGGCACCUCACUUCCGUGUUGACUGGUGCAAUGUGUCCCUGGUGGAUAAGUCAGUGCCAGAGCCGGUAGAUGAGGUGACCACCCCAGGCGACGGAAUUCUGGAGCAUGACCCAUUCUUCUGUCCACCGACGGAGGCCACAGCCCAAGACUUCCUGGCAGAUUUCCUGGUCACUCUCCUGCUGCCUUUGCUGGUGGCCCUUCUGCUUACCUUGCUGCUGGCCUAUGUCAUGUGUUGCCGGCGAGAAGGACGAUUGAAGAGAGACCUGGCCACCUCUGACAUCCAGAUGGUCCACCAUUACACCAUCCACGGGAACACAGAGGAGCUGCGGCAGAUGGCAGCCAGCCGAGAGGUGCCCCGGCCUCUCUCCACCCUGCCCAUGUUCAACGUGCGCACGGGCCAGCGGCUGCCUCCCCGUGUGGACAGCGCCCAGGUGCCCCUCAUCCUGGACCAGCACUGAGYGCCCUGUCAGAGAGCUGCAGACCCCUCCCACUGGCUGAUUCUUGCUCCCGGCCCAGUUGGACCCCAGGCUCUGAACAAGCAGAGGGAUGAGGUGGGGAGGGCUAAGGGUGUUUGGAGUCAGGACCCCCAGAAUAAAAUGCCUGCUGCCCUGCUCAUCUGAUGCUGCCAGCAUGCUCUUCCCCACAGCCUCCUCCCAGCAGCCUCCUCCUAACAGCCUCCCACGGUCCUCACUGUCUACAUUUCCCUUUUGACCUUCUGGGAGUCCCUGGAGGCUGCCAGCCAACUCUGGGCUCCUAGCAUUUUGCUGUUUGCUCAGAUUUUCAGGAAGUGGGAAGGAUCUGCUAUAUGCAGCUCUCAUAGGAACCUGACAGUGAGAGAAUCCUGGAUCAUUACACCCGUUUUAUAGAUAAGAAAAGUGAGAACUAUGGAGAGUAAGUGAUUGACCCAAGGUCCCCAAGCAAGUGGCUGGAGGACUGAGGGGCUCGCCAAGCAGAAGAUCUCGACCCUGACCUGGAAACUUAGUUAACACCUGUCACAGUCCUUUGGAGGGGGGGUCUCUUUGUAGGUUGUGUGGAGAGAGAAGCCAAUCUAGAACUGGAGAGAGGUUAGGAGGCAGGACAGAAUGCCCCAGGCUGGAGGGCUCCCCUCCUGGUGGCUCCUCCAGAGAAAGGACAAGAGAAUCCGCACAGCUUAGAAUACUGAGCUGAGUGCCACAGAGUGCCUUGUCCCCAGGAGCCCGGGAGAGCUCAGCUGGCUGUGCAGGGGCCCGAGGGUAUUUUUCCAGGUGGCUACAACCAAAGUGGGCCAGCUCACUGCCAUCUGUGCCUUCUCCAGUCUCAAGUUUUACCACUCCCAUGUGAGGGCAGGUCUGAGAUCAAACCGGAGAGGUGACCCAGAUAAAGCAGAGGAGCAGGGACACAUGGCUCAGGCUUCUCGAGGUGGCAAGGGCAAGAGAAUCCAGCCAGGGUCUGGCACCCAGCACCCUGGCCCGCCUCACYCUUUCUCUGCUGGGGAACGCCAGCAUUCCCUCACCCCAACACCUCCCUAAAGGCUGCCGUUCUGGUCUCUGCCCUAACGGYGUGUUCUCAAAGAGGCCUCCCAGUCUGCCUUUGGCCUUGGGACCCCCUCACAGUCCUCCUUGCUCUCUGAGAGAUGCCCCGUGGGCUCCCUGCUUCGCUCUGUGGGUGCUCAAUGAGUGCUUGCUGAGCGAUGGCUCUAGGUGCCCCCUCUACCCACAUGGGGGCACACACCRUGCCAGCUCUGUGCCUCUGCCAGCCUCAACGAAUGCUUAUGGACUCAGUGUUCAGUGCAYUCAUUAACUAGCUGAUGGCUGUGGGGCACUGGGGGUGGGGGCAGGAGAGGCUUUAGCAAUAGGCUUGCUUAGCCCUUGGCCCAGAGAGGAGGAGCAGCCUCCUUAAGAACUAGGCGCAAACCCAGACAGACCAGGGCGCCUCUGCUUCUCCUGGGCCCAUCAUCUGAUGGAGAGCUGGGGAGUUGCAGGGAAUCUGCUCAGACCAGGGGCUUGGAGCAGCCAGCCUGCUGCCUGGGCUGGCUCCCUCCCGCCCUGGCCCCCUGAGGAGGGGGCUGCAGUCUCCCCAGUCCCGUCUGGCCCCAGCGGCAGGCAGACCUUGGGCCUCCUCUGUGCUCUUCCUGUGCUGGCCAGGGAUGGGGGAAUUCGAGGCCAGCUCCCCGCCCCCUGUUCCCGGCCCGGUCUUGGGGUCUUGGCAGCACCUUCCUCCCCGCUCAGCUCCAAGGAGCACACGGGAGUCUGGCCGCCUGCCUGAGAGGAAGUGGCCCAGACAAGUAGCCGGAGGAUGGCGUGACUGCAGAGGACGAAGAGCCGUGCCCAGGCACACACACGCGACAGCCAGCUGCCCAGCGGCGCACGGGGAAGACUCAGUCACACUCAGUGCUGCGCUGCCAGCCCCUCCCAGAAGGGCAAGUGUCUACUGCAGUCACACCCCACUCCCCACAAACCCUGGCAGAGGGGCAGCUGCCCCCAAGCCCCACCUCCACCCCCAGACAGCCCCACACUCUGCUCCCCAUCUCCAGUCCCACUGUUGGCUGGGCCUGACGACACGUGGCCUGACUCUCCACAUUUCCUCAGCCCUUUCAAUGGGCCAGACCUAGGGACACAGGGCCCCACCUACAGUAGGCCUCAGCCCCUGGAGGCACACUUCCCCUGAGCAGGACUGGAUGGGGCUUUGAGUUCCCUCAUGAAAUAAUCACCAUACCUGCCUUGGGCUGUUGGGGGACUUCCUGAGGACAAGGCACUCUCGUGGCUCCCAGGAAUGGGGACCUGAUUACACACAAGCCCUCUGCAGUCUCUCCAAGGCCAGCUGUCCUUGAGGUCUCCCUGCCUCCCUUAAGACCCAGGCUAAAUGGACUCCAUGUCCACCUAGGCCUUCUGAAGAGUUCAGCUUCUCCCUGUGAGUUAGGGCGGACGCCUAAAUUCGCACCCUCCUUGGUACAGAACUGCUAUGUGGUGUGGCGCUGUCCUGCCCA